AAACGUAAGGUAUUGUUAACACUUUCCCUGCGGCAUACGCACACGCUGUGUUACGUAAUUACCCGAUGCGUAUGCGGCAUUACACACCAUUAGUGUUUUUUAAGAUGACUCGGUAUUCCCAUGUACAUCGGACGGUGUAUCGCGCCCAGCGUGUUUUAUUUUGACGCUCCGCGAGUGCGGGCGGGAACGUACCACACGCCCGGCGUGUUUAACAAUAUAAUUAUCAACUAAUGUAACAAUCUAUACUUAUAAUAGUAUUGAUUAUGUACCUAUACCUAAUAUUAUGUAUGUUUUGCUAUAAUGAAAAAAUUGUGUACUAUAAUAAAAAACAGGGUUGCCAUUGCGAACACAUUAUCAUAUGUGAGCUCGGAGGAAUUACGAGUAAUAAGAUUUUUUCAAGGCCACCAACCGCCGCGCAUUUGUAUCUUCAACAGGGUGAAAUAGGCGGCUCAAUUAUUUUCAAUGUCAGUCAAAACAUAAACAAACUAACUAGAAUAAAAUUUAAAAUACGAAUGUCUAAAUUUUUUUCAUUUAUACCUCUACUCUAGCCAUUAAUACAAAUAACAGUCUGUCUAGCGGCGGAGGUGAAAGAUUUGCAAGAAAUACAUUUUGCAGGAUUACAACAAACAAAAUAAUAUCUGAAGUCUGCCAAUCCGCAUUGGGCCAACGUGGUGGACUAUUGAAAUAAACCAUCUCAUUCUGAGAGGAGACUCGAGCUCAGCAAUGAGCCGAAUAUGGGUUGAUAAUGAUGAGGUACCUACUAUAGUAAGUAUGUUUUACUUCAAUAAAAUACAUAUAGAUAAUAUAUCCCAACUUAGGGGUUUCCCCCCCCCCCCGUUUAGGGGGCAAAUAAGUGAAAUGGGAUUUUUUUAGGGGUCUGAAAUUUUUAGGGGUAUUUUCAGGGACUUUUUGACUUUUUAAUAUUUUUAAAUUGAUGAUAAUUUUAAUAUAUCUUUCUUGACCUAGCGACUUAUAACGAUAUAUAAUACGUUAUUCUACAACCACUCUGAGGCAACUGGCGGCAAUUUUCAUCGAAUAAAAAAAAAUGUUAAAUUUAUUAAUUGUCAACAUGUAUGAUUUCAAAAAAUCUGAAUCUUCAGAUAAAUACGUAAUAUUUUGUCUGUAUUAAAUAAGACUUUUGAAACAUAUUACAGCAUAUUAUUUCUAAAUUAUUAUGAAUUUAUAUUUUUAGGGGGACAACUCAAUAAUUAAGGCGAUUUUAGGGGUUUUUGACACAAACUUUAGGGAUAAAUAUUUUGGACAGUUGGUAACACUGAUCUCGUCCUUCAUUUGUGGUCUGUGAUCAUUAUCUUUUUAGCCGUUUGUGGUGAUCGACUCUACACUUCAAUUUUUACUCAGCGCUGUUUUUUAACAUUAUAAACAUGUCAAAUACCCCCUCAACUUCUACGGCCGAGCCAACCCCUGACCCAGCUGGAGCUGACCCAGCUGGAGCUGACCCAGCUGGAGCUGACCCAGCUGGAGCUGACCCAGCUGACCCAGCUGGAGCUGACCCAGCAGAAGCUGCUGUCGAUGCUGACCAGCCCCCACCAGAGACACCACCCGAGAGUCCUCAAUCGGGUCAUGGGACUGCGUCGGCUUCAACUGUAUCAGUGGCCUCGGAUUUGGGGGACCCCAACUCCUUGGAGUCCUCGGGGUAUGACUCCUGGGAGUCGUUGGGGUCCCUCAGCUCCGAGUGGGAGUGGGAGUGGGAUGAAGACUUUUUUGAAUAUUAAAUCAAAAAUGUUGAAUUAAUAUUCAAAAAUUCUUUAUCCCACUCCCAAUUUUAUAUUUUUUGUUUCAUUUAUAUAUUUUUUUUUAUUAUUUUUAUACAUACAUGUAUAUAAUUUUUUUUAUUAUUUAUUAUUAGAUAUAUAUAUAUUUAUAUAUAUGUAUAUUUAUAUAUAGUUUUAUUAUAUCUGUAGAUAUAGUUUUGGAAGUAUUUAUUUUAUUGUGACUACCCGUCUCACUCAAUAAUUAUGUAUAAUAUUUUUAUAUAUUGAUUUGUAAUAUUAAGCUACCUAAAAGAAAUAAUAUAAGUCAAAUAAUAUUAAAAAUGUAAAAAGGCUGUUUUGAAGACUGAGAUAGUUUAUGCUCACAGUAUUUCAUAAUUAUUAUGUUGAUUUUGAUAUGUAUAAAGAAAAGUCAUGUUUAUAUUAGCCAUGUUUAGUACAAUAUUAAAAAUGUAAAGACUGUUUUGAAGACUGAGAUAGUUAAAUGCUUACAGUAUUUCAUAAUUAUUAUGUUGAUUUUGAUAUGUAUAAAGAAAAGUCAUGUUUAUAUUAGUCAUGUUUAGUACAAUAUUAAAAAUGUAAAGACUGUUUUGCUGUGAUAGUUAAAUGCUUACAGUAUUUCAUAAUUAUUAUGUUGAUUUUGAUAUGUAUAAAGAAAAGUCAUGUUUAUAUUAGUCAUGUUUAGUACAAUAUUAAAAAUGUAAAGACUGUUUUGCUGUGAUAGUUAAAUGCUUACAGUAUUUCAUAAUUAUUAUGUUGAUUUUGAUAUGUAUAAAGAAAAGUCAUGUUUAUAUUAGUCAUGUUUAGUACAAUAUUAAAAAUGUAAAGACUGUUUUGCUGUGAUAGUUAAAUGCUUACAGUAUUUCAUAAUUAUUAUGUUGAUUUUGAUAUAUUUUGAUAUGUAUAAAGAAAAGUCAUGUUUAUAUUAGUCAUGUUUAGUACAAUAUUAAAAAUGUAAAGACUGUUUUGCUGUGAUAGUUAAAUGCUUACAGUAUUUAGUAAUUAUUAUGUUGAUUUUGAUAUAUUUUGAUAUGUAUAAAGAAAAGUCAUGUUUAGUACAAUAUUAAAAAUGUAAAGACUGUUUUGAAGACUGAGAUAGUUAAAUGCUUACAGUAUUUCAUAAUUAUUAUGUUGAUUUUGAUAUAUAUAAAGAAAAGUCAUGUUUAUAUUUAAAUGUUAUUUUUCUUAUAAGAACAAGAAAUUUAUGUAAUAAAUACUUACAAAAAUAA